CUUUUCUGGUCUCCAUUUCUUAGCUUUGCACCUUCGCUCAGGGUAUGGUAGAAGCUACCGUUCGAAGCUAUUUUGUUGUCGAUACCCUCCGCUUUGAGUGAUCCUCAUAUCUUAUCGUCCACAAUAUCGGUGCGUCAGGCACACCACUAUGGCAGAAUCGGAGAAGGUCGUGCAGACCGAUAAGGUCGUCCGCGAGGACAACUCCGUCCGUUCCGAACUGGCUGAGAAUGUCAAAACCGAAUCUUCAGGCAUUCUCGACGCCGAAAAUCUUCACAAUCGCCCAGCAGACAACCUCAAUGUCGUAUUUGAGAACCCGUUGGCGAACGUCCCUCGCGAGAAGUUGUUGAAGGACGUCGAGGAUUUCUGUCAGAAAUUCAACCUCAUGGAGCAUGUUGACGAUUUUCGAAAGGGGGCAUUGGUCUCUCAGAAUCCUGCUGCCGCUAUGGAUCUAACUGAAUUGACUGAUGAGGAGAGAAAUAUUCUCCUUCGCGAGCAUACCCAUAAGUGGCACCAGCCGUGGGAGCUGUACUGGCUCGUUAUCAUGUGCUCCUUGGCCGCUGCUGUGCAAGGUAUGGACGAGACUGUAAACAACGGUGCCCAGGCUAUUUACUUGAAAAACUUGGGAAUUGAAUCGAAAUUCUCCGGGAAACAGUUGAACGACAUCACUGGUUUGAUUGUCGGCGCUCCUUACCUCUGCUGUGCUAUUAUCGGUUGCUGGCUUACCGAACCCAUGAACCGAUUCUUCGCUCGUCGGGGCACCAUCUUCAUCUCUUGCUUCUUUGCCGCUGUUUGCUCCAUCUGGGAAGGCGUUGCCAAUUCCUGGGUCAAUCUCUUCAUUGCUCGUUUCUUCCUGGGUUUGGGUAUCGGUCCAAAAUCGUCCACCGUGCCCAUCUAUGCCGCGGAGUGCUCCCCGGCACCAAUUCGAGGCGCCUUGGUCAUGAUGUGGCAGAUGUGGACUGCCUUUGGUAUCAUGCUGGGCAAUAUCAUGGGUGUCGCAUUCAUGAGUCUUUCCGACGACCUCUCCUGGCGCCUCAUGCUUGGAUCCACUGUUGUUUUACCGGUUAUUGUCUGUACACAAGUAUACUUCUGUCCCGAAUCUCCUCGUUGGCUCAUCCAACACGGACAAGUUGAAAAGGCUUUCAGAUCAUUCCGCAAGCUUCGAUCGCACGAUAUCCAAGCUGCGCGUGAUCUCUACUAUGCCUACGUUCUCGUCCAGCUUGAGCGUGAGAUCAAUAAGGGCAAGAACUUUUUCACCAUGUUCAUGGAGCUUUUCACUAUUGGUCGUAACCGUCGUGCAACAAUCGGUAGUUGGAUCGUCAUGUUCAUGCAACAAUUCUGCGGUGUCAAUGUCAUCGCCUAUUACUCAACCACUAUCUUCACCUCAUCCGGUUACUCUAUUCAAUCGGCACUGCUUGCCUCCAUGGGUACUGGAAUCUUGAACUGGGUCUUUGCCCUUCCAGCUACACUGACGAUCGAUACCUUUGGCCGACGUAAUCUGCUUCUUACCACAUUUCCAUUUUUGGCAAUUUGUCUGCUCUGGACAGGUUUCUCAUUCUGGAUCGAGCCGGAUAUUCCUGAUAGCAAGAAACGUGUGGCCAUGGUUACAACAGGUAUGUACCUCUUUGAGGUAUUUUAUUCCCCUGGCGAAGGGCCGGUUCCCUUCACUUAUUCUGCCGAGGCUUUCCCAUUGCAUGUACGAGAAGUUGGCAUGUCCUGGGCGACUGCUACAUGUUGGUGCUUCAACUUCAUCUUGUCAUUCACCUGGCCGUCACUUUUGACGUCGUUCAAACCUCAGGGUGCCUUUGGAUGGUAUGCUGCUUGGUGUAUCAUUGGAUGGUUCCUUGUUCUGUUCUUUUUGCCAGAGACAAAAGCUCUCACGUUGGAAGAACUCGAUCAAGUCUUCUCUGUCCCUACUUGGAAACACGCCUCAUAUCAACUCAAGAAUGCGAUUUGGCAUGUUCGCACUUGGGUCUUCCGUCAGAAAUUGGAGCCUUUGCCUCCAUUCUACCAGGGCAUUGAAAAGCUCAACGAGUCUUGAGUCCGUUACGUGAGGAAGACCAUUGUAACAAGUCGGGAACCCUGUGUAACAAUUGCCUAGUAAGACCUUUUUUUUUUUCUAAGUUAUAUGACGAGAUUGGGUGGAUUGAUUAGUCUCAUGUUACGCCACUUGCUUGGUUACGUAUAACAGCUCUUUUUAGGUGAUUUUAUACCCCUGUUUCUAUUACCUAGGCAUUGCUCUGCCAUGCCUUCAAUUAGUUGGAUUCGAAUUGAUUCAAGUCUCUGAAAAGUUGAACAUCGUAUCGAUACAAUAUAUACUACCAAAGUCGUCAAUAAGCACCGAAUAUAACUUCCCAAGCUCGUAACUAUUCACACUGGGAGUUCAGAAGUAUCCAAACGGAAGUCAUCCUGGUGUUUUUACUCGGUGCACUCUAUGAUACCCCCCUGCGGACUUGCCAUAGUUGCGAGCUCGGGCGAACUAUGUUCAGCGUGUAUGAACCAAUUACACAAUGCUGAACAGCAGCUUGCUGUCCUCGCUCAGUGCAAACGAUUACCCAAGUAUACCCCAUAAGCAAUCGUGGCAAUCAAAGCACCCAUAUUCAACAAACUCGAAAUGCCAUGCAACUUGCCAAAUCUCUUGUUGAGUUCCGUCAUCCUCUCAGAAUGAGGAGGAGCAUCAUA